AUGCACAUUCCCAAUUCUUCUGAAAUUGAAAUUGCCACUUUCUUCCUGAUUGGAAUCCCAGGGCUGGAGCAUAUUCAGGUGUGGGUCUCCAUCCCCAUGUGCCUCAUGUACCUAGUAGCCAUCCUGGGCAAUUGCACCAUCCUCUUUGUGAUCAGGACUGAGCCAUGACUCCAUGCACCCAUGUAUUAUUUCCUUUCCAUGUUGGCUGUCUCUGACCUGGGCCUGUCCCUCUCCUCUCUGCCCACUAUGCUGAGGAUCUUUGUAUUCAAUGCCACAGGAAUCUCCCCAAAUGCCUGCUUUGCUCAAGAGUUCUUUAUCCAUGGAUUUACAGAUAUGGAGUCCUCGGUGCUCCUGAUCAUGUCAUUUGACCGCUUUUUGGCCAUCCGCAACCCUCUGAGAUACAGCUCUAUCCUGACCAGUGCCAGAGUUGCCAAAAUGGGGCUGGUGUUUCUCAUUAAAAGCAUGCUCUUAGUACUUCCAUUUCCUUUCACUCUUAAGAGAUUGACAUAUUGUAAGAAAAGCCUACUUUCUCACUCUUACUGUCUUCAUCAGGAUGUCAUGAAGCUGGCCUGCUCUGACAACACAGUCAAUUUUUUCUACGGUUUUUUUGUUGCCCUCUGUAUGAUGUCAGACAGUGUGUUCAUUGCUGUGUCCUAUGUGUUCAUCCUGAAAACUGUGAUGGGAAUUGGGUCACAUAAGGAGAGACUCAAGGCCCUCAACACUUGUGUCUCCCACAUCUGUGCUGUGCUCAUCUUCUAUGUGCCCAUCAUUGCUUUGGCAUCCAUGCACCGUUUUGGCAAGCAUAAGUCCCCAAUGGCCAUGAUCCUCAUUGCUGACAUUUUCUUGCUAGUGCCACCUCUAAUGAACCCCAUUGUAUAUUGUGUGAAGACACGACAAAUUCGUGAAAAGGUUUUGGGAAAACUGGGUCUUAAAUGA